CCGUGUAUACGGCACAGCUAAAUCUCAGUGAUUAUUUUACAUUUACUUGUACAACAGAUAUUACUAUAUAAUGUUGUGCAUAUUUGGUAAGGCAAAAUUGAAUGUGUUGGAACAUAGGAGGUUGUUCAUGUAAUGAUUUGCUGCGGUUACAGCAGCUGCCUAAACUAUAUAAGUCUGUGAUUGAGGAUGUGAUCAACGAGGUGCGAGAGCUGUUCCUGGAUGAGGGAGUGGAUGAGCAAGUGCUUCUGGAGCUGAAAACGCUAUGGGAAAACAAACUGUUGCAGUCCAAGGCAGUGGAGGGCUUCCAUACUGAGGAACAGGCAGCCCUGCAGGCCGCGCAGCAGCAGCAGCAGCAGCAGGUUCAGCAGCAGGUUCAGCAGGUUCAGCAGCAGGUUCAGCAGGUGACCCAGCCAACACAAGCCCAGCAAGUUAUCCUGCCUCCUCAGCAACAGCAAGCUCCCCAGCAGCAAGUCAUUGUUCAGGAUUCCAAGAUUAUACAGCACAUGAAUGCAACGGGGAUGAGUGCAGCAGCUACCGCAGCAACCCUUGCUUUGCCCACAGGCGUCACGCCAUACCAACAGCUCAUCACCAGCCAAGGUCAGAUCCUGCAGGUGGUCCGUGCUCCCAAUGGGGCUCAGUACAUCAUCCAGCAGCCCCAGCAGCAGAUCCUCCUUCAGCAGCAGAUGCAGCCUGGUGGCGUGCAGGCACCGGUCAUACAACAGGUCCUGGCCCCUCUACAGGGAGGCCUCUCCCAGCAAACAGGAGUCAUCAUCCAGCCGCAGCAGAUUGUCCUAGCUUCAGGAAAUAAAGUCCAAGGCAAUACACAGGUGAUGCAAGCAGCAGCUAUGGCGCAGCAGACUGGUCAGGCAGCAACAGCUCAGGUCCAGCAGGUCCAGCAGGUUCAGCAGGCCCAGGGUGCAGCUGCGCAACAGGUCGCAGCGCAGCCCCAGGCCCAGCAGCAAGCCCAGCCGCAGGCCCAGCAGCCUCCUAUGAUGCUGCAGGUGGAUGGCGCCGGAGACACCUCCUCAGAAGAGGACGAGGAUGAGGAAGAGGAGUAUGAUGAAGAUGAAGAGGAGGAGAAGGACAAGGAUGGGGGAGAGGACGGGCAGGUCGAAGAGGAGCCACUGAACAGUGGGGAUGAUGUCAGUGAUGAGGAGGACCAGGAGCUAUUUGAUACAGAGAAUGUAGUCGUGUGCCAGUAUGACAAGAUUCACAGAAGUAAGAAUAAAUGGAAAUUCCACCUGAAGGAUGGGAUCAUGAAUCUGAACGGGAGAGACUAUGUCUUCUCCAAAGCCAUAGGGGAUGCGGAAUGGUGAAGUAGGGGGGGAAAAAAACGCAAAAAAGCAACAGGAGCAAGAACUGUGUAACUCCUUCUAUCCAGUUAACAGACACUUCAAUAUCCUUCCAUAUCCUGUGACUGGAUUCAUUUCAGGAAACGUCUUUUGAGUCUUGGAGAACUCUGACAAACCCAAAGGACUGUGAGGUACUGUAAAAACCUGGGUGUCGUCAAAAUCACUCGACUAGCCUUGCGGGAAGAGAAACCUACAGGGGAAGGGAACAUCUGCGAAAAGAGCGUUCUUUAUCUUUUUUGCUUUUUCCAGGCUUCUCUACCUUUUUCUCCUGAGAGAAUUCACACACAUUGGAAAGUAAGCAUUUCACAUCGUACAGGUGUAGUGGACCAGGGUGACCUGACCUGCCACCCCACCCCCCAGGAGGUCAGAGGUCAUUCAUUAUAACCCCGUAGAUGAGAAACACCUUCAUGAUGCACUGUAGUCGGUUGACUGGAUUGACUCAUGUCUACAUUUAAGUCCAAAUUUAGUGCCACCAGUCAAGAUUGCUGCCUUUUAGAAUGGCCUUUUGGCUUCUAAUUUUUGUUCUCAGAAAAUUCUCUCAGCUCGUGUUUAUGAAAAUGGUGCUCCAGAGUGUUUUAUGUAGUAAACAACCUGUUAUUGUUUUAAACAUUUGUUUUAAAUGUGUUUGAAGGGUUAAGACAACAAAGGUAAACUUAUAUUAAUCCUAAAAUAACUAAUAGAAGUUUAAUGGCAUUUUUUAAUCUUCAAAGUAGUGCUGAAUCCAAAAAUACUAUUAUUUUCCUCAUCGGCUUCUCUGGUGCUUCAUUCCAUCUUUAUCUCAAAACCUAAAACAAAAAAGGAAAAACAGAUCCAACACAGAAUUCAUAUAAGAACUGUAAUGUCUGGAAGUUUGUCCUGUCGGUGUAUCAUCUUUGCUAUUAUUUUAGUUCCCUGCUGCCGUCUGAAAAAUUGCACUGUCAGUUUAUCAAUGUGUUGUGAAGUCAGUCAAGUCAAUCAAUAGCCACAGCGUGCUCUGUUCUGUGUGUGUGUGUGUGUGUGUGUGGGAGAGGGAGAACGAGUGUGAAACUUGACAGGCAUGUGGCGAGUGUUCGUACGUGCUGAGUGAGUGUGUGUGUGUGCGAAUGUUGAUGUGUGUUGUCCAGCUUUUCUUUGGCAAUGGAUUAGUUUAUUUUUCUUUCCACCCAAUAAUCUUAAAAUGUCACAGCUGAAAUUGUGAAAGAAAGAUUUGCAUUUUUUCCCCUUUACUUUUGGAUGGGUGCAAGGCCAUUUCUUUUGUUUAGUUUCUUUAAUUUAUUCCUUAAAGUUAAUCAAAUGUUUUAUUGUUUUUUUUUGUUUGUUUUUUGAUAGGUUGGAAAGCCGCACCAAACUGUGCUCUUAUAAUCUAAUAAGUGUUCCUUUUUUCUUUUCUGUUGGCUGGACAAAGCUACCUAAAGCUGUGUUCCAAAUCAUUUCGUCCACCAUAUGUUUUCCUGUAUUUUUAUUUUAUUCAUGACUUUUAAAUGAAAAUAUUUUCUAUCAAAGUGAGUUUAACUCGGGGGGGCCGUGUGUUUCUCUGCAGUUUGUUUUUAGUGCCCUUGUUGCAGCAAUUUGAAAUAAAGUACAUGUUUUUUGAG